AUGACCACUCAGAGGUGUAUUACAGUUGUUGCUUGUCAACUCGUCUCCAUGUUGCAGCUCAGCAUGGCCACGUGGACAUUUUGCGGCUGUUGCUCGAGGCAUAAAGGAAGAUGUGACAACAGUAGCUGCGGGCUGCAGCUUGGCUGCUUGUAUGUGGUGCGAUUCUUGCUGAACGCACGGCCUGACAAGGCUUCAAAGGAAGAUGGGGAAGCGGGAAGCAGUUUUGUGGCUUGCAGUUCAGCAUCGCCACAUGGAAGUGGUGCUGCUUUUGUGGAGUCCAACCCAUCACGACGAAGCCACAGCACGAGGAUUGAUUGCUGCCUGAACAAGGACAUUCGGAAGUUGUCCGGAUGUUUGUCAAGGCUGGAGCUUUCCGCAAAUAGUGAAUGA